UGGCCGCCCCCCCCCCCCUCUGAGGGGCGGCGGGGAGCCCCCCCCGCCGCUCCCGCACCGCCGCCGCGGUGUUAUCCCCGUUGUUAUCCCCCUCGUUAUCCCCGUUUUCCUGCCGAUGCCCGUUUUUCUCCCCGUUAUUCCCCCCGGCGCGGGGGGGAGCGCGGCCGGUCGCGCCCUGCCCGCUGAGGGGGGCGCGGAGCCUUCUUUGGGACGCGGUGUCCUAUUUGGUGUGGGUGGAUGGCUUAACUUGCUGGUAAUUUCUGCUGCGUCAACACCCAGCUCAAGGGAGAGGAGAAGAGACAAGGGGGCAUUUUAACAGCAGCUCCACUUGCGGAUAGCCAGCCUCAAUCCCGGCUCCAGCAUUAAAACCCUUUCCGCCCCCUAAAAACCAGCAUCCGUGCAAGUUGGACCAAGAGUUUGUCAGGAGUGUGGUUCAAAACUGCUUGGAAAAAGGGAUGAGGACGUCUGAUGAACCUUCUGGAGCUUCUCACCAGAGACCAUUCUCCUCUCUUCAUUGAAACAUGCACUGUCCAGCUGUGAAACAUUGCAAGGUUUAUUUUUGCUGACAGGAAACACUUUCAAGUAUCGUUCUGUCUUUCUCCUACAAGAGUUCACCCCAGUGCUGUCAGAAGGUCACGAGCAGGGCACUACCUGUGCUGCCCUGGGGCUGUUGAUGUCCUCAGCUGUUGUAGGAGAAACACUAGACCUGGAACCCAGUUUGUUACUGGACUUGUGGAAGAGGAAACAUAAAGAUCUCCAGAUGAAUAACCGAAAGGAAGAUAUGGAAAUUGCUUCCCACUACCGUCACCUGCUGCGGGAGCUGAACGAGCAGAGGCAGCACGGCAUCCUCUGCGACGUCUGCAUCAUCGUGGAGGGCAAGAUCUUCAAGGCUCACAAAAACGUCCUCCUGGGGAGCAGCCGCUACUUCAAAACCCUCUACUGCCAGGUGCAGAAAACCUCUGACCAGGCCACAGUCACCCACCUGGACAUCGUCACCGCCCAGGGCUUUAAGGCAAUCAUUGACUUCAUGUACUCCGCACACCUGGCGCUGACCAGCAGGAACGUCAUCGAGGUGAUGUCGGCCGCCAGCUACCUGCAGAUGACAGACAUCGUGCAGGCCUGUCACAACUUCAUCAAAGCAGCUCUGGACAUAAGCAUCAAGUCUGAUGCCUCGGAGGACCUCGUUGAUUAUGAGCUGGGAGCCCCUUCCAGCAGCAGCACGGACGCUCUGAUUUCGGCAGUGGUGGCUGGCAGGAGUAUAUCCCCCUGGCUGGCUCGGAGAACGAGCCCAGCAAACUCCUCUGGGGACUCAGCCAUUGCCAGCUGCCACGAGGGAGGGAGUAGUUAUGGGAAAGAGGAUCAGGAACCAAAAGCAGACAGCCACGAAGACGUUUCGUCCCAGUCUCUCUGGGCUAGUGACAUGGGCUAUGGGUCUUUGCGUAUCAAAGAGGAGCAGGUGUCACCGUCCCACUACGGAGGGGGUGAGCUGCACUCUGCCAAGGAUGGUGCAAUACAGAGCGGGUUCUCAGAGCAAGGAGUGGGGGAUGGCUGGCAGCCCACGGGCCGCAGGAAGAACAGGAAAAACAAAGAAACUGUGAGACAUAUUACGCAGCAAGUGGAGGAUGACAGCAGGGCAAAUUCCCCUGUGCUGCCCCUUUUACCUGCCUCAGGAUGGCCGUACAGCAGUCGAGACCCAGGCGCCGAUGCGGCCGGGACGGAGCCCAGCAGCUCGGACAGCCGGGUGGAGCGGCCGGAGCCCUUCAGCAGCGUGGAGGAAGCGCUGCUGGGAGGGGAGUCCAGCUACAUCCAGCAGCCCCUGACCCCGGACAAGGAGGACGCGCUCCAGGCUGCCACGGUCGCCAACCUGCGCGCCGCUCUGAUGAGCAAGAACAGCUUGCUGUCGCUGAAAGCCGACAUGCUGAGCGAGGACAGCUCGCUGCUCUUCGAGUACCUCCCCAAAGGCACGCACUCGCUCUCCCGGCCUGGCACCAGCUCGAAUCCUUCAAGGGGUGAAAGUGAUGGCAAAGUGGAAGCACCAUCUCCCCCGCUGCCUUCAGCACACCUUGCCACUCAGAGCCCCACCAGGAUCUGCUCUUCUGGUGAAAUGUCACCAGAAACUGGGAUAAAAGGAGAGGUGCCUUCCUCAACCCAGGCUGCCUUUGAUGGAUUGCUGGCACUUUGGCAGUUUGAUAACUCUGACUCAGAUUCCAGUUUCCUGAGAUCUGAGGACACGGACAUCGCCUCCGAUGGGACCUCCCUGGAUUCAGCCCUGGCCAAGAGGCUGACCUGUGGCUUCUGCAGGAGGGUGUUCCAGCGAGCUGAGGAGCUGAAGGAGCACAUCCACGAGCACGCCUUCUCCAUGCUGCUCCCGCUCGACUGCUCCCGGCCCGGCCUCGCUGCCGGCCAGCUCGGCCGCUUCCAGUGCUCCCAGUGCCCCGCCAGCUUCACUCUGAAAUCCAACAUGGAGCGGCACGAGAAGACCAUCCACUUCCACUUCAACGAGUUCACAGUGAUCAGGAAGAAGUUCAAGUGCCCGUACUGCAGCUUUUCUGCCAUGCACCAGUGCAUCCUGAAGAGACACAUGCGGUCCCACACGGGGGAGAGGCCCUAUCCCUGCGAGAUCUGUGGGAAGAAGUUCACCCGCCGGGAGCACAUGAAGCGUCACACCUUGGUCCACAGCAAAGAUAAAAAAUACGUCUGCAAGGUUUGCAACCGGGUGUUCAUGUCAGCAGCCAGCGUGGGGAUCAAGCACGGCUCGCGCCGGCACGGCGUCUGCGCCGACUGCUCCGGCCGCGGCAUGGCCGGGCACCUGGACCACAACGGGGGAGAGGGCUCCCCGGAGGAGUGCUACCCUGGGGAGGGGCAGUACAUGGAAGAUCCAGAUGACAUCAAAGUGGAAGGAGACGAGGAGAUGGGAGAUGACGACGACAUCAAGUGGAAGGAUGACGUGGGGAUGUCACAGGAUGAUGUGAUUUUAGAUGAUGACAAAGAUGUCGACUCCCCGCAGGAGCAGGACAACUCUGGGGAGAAUGACAAGGAUUUUACCUGGAUUUCUUAGGGAUUAUUUUUUGUUUGGGUUUUUUUUUUUCUUUUUUGUUUCGCUCUGUUGUUUGUAGGGGGAGGGAGGGUGGGGAGGAAGGAGUAUGUUGGAAAAACUAAGUAGCCUUGUUGUCGUCCAUGUGUGCAAAAUAACUCUUGUGUUUUCUAAACAAGUCCUUCUCUGUUCCACUCAGACACUGUCUUAGCAGGGUCGCUUCCAGCGGCACGACUGACUUCGCCUUCCCCCUUUUCCCUUUCCCCCUGUGACCCCCUGCCCGUGGCCACCCCUUCAGCCAAGUCAGCCAGGCUGCCCAAGAGGGAGAUGGAGUGUCUGCAGGGGUGGGGAGGCUGGUGAAGCAUGAAUUCUCCUCCCCUUCCCACUCCAAACUGAGCACCGGGCGGGUCUUUGUGUCCAAAGCAGGUUUGUUGGUUGGUUGGGUUUUUUUGAACACCUUGUCUGUGCUAAAACCCCAGCAGCAGUGGAAUUUCAAGCUAAGGUUGUGAAAGCGGAUGGAUGGAUGUGUUGGAGGGCUUCCCCUGAUGAUACAGGCCUUUUGCAAAGUUAUUUAAAAAGUUUUAAUUAUUUUUUAUGGAGCCAAAUAGAUCAAAAGGCAAGUCAGACUACAGCCUUACAAAUACUUCUCUUGGAUUCUUAGCUUCCAAAAGAAUCACCAUCAAAAAAGGAUUGUGACUUUUCUUGGACCUACUGGCAUCUUACCACAUCCUGUCUUCCAGCCUUGGUCAUCCUCAGGCACUGAAACACAUUUGUGCUUCUGGAAGCACCUUUUGCUCUAGAGGACACAAUUCUGUACCUGUCAUUCUUCUCCUCAAAUAUCUUCACUCUUCUCCCUUUGCUCAGCUGCCUUUUUCACAAAUAUAUGCAAACUGUAGCAAAACCAAGGCGUUCAGCCAAGUGCAGGAUGAGCUGGGAAUGGCGAGAAGCCGAGGUGAGGAGAUCCCAGCAGGGUGGAAUCUUGCUGCUCCCAUCCCGUGGACUUCUGUGGGGCCAGGAUUUCACCUGGGUACCUUGUUCUUCCUUGCCAAUCUCAACAUUCUCGUUGAUCAUGGGUAGGUCUAACACCUACUUAAUUCAUGACAAAAACUUUCAGCUUUAGUUGCACCAGUUCCAUGUAAAUUUUCCAAUAAACCAUUUUUUCUUUAAAUAAGAACCAGGUUUCUCUCCCAGUGUCUCCUCAGACUCUGUGGGGGCUGUUCCAGAUAGUUGGAUUCUCCCUGUUCAUAUUGGCCACUGUUGCCUUCUUUCAGCUACACCUAAAUAACAGCAACAGCAUGUGUUGGAAUUGUCUUAUACCUGAGAAACAGCUUGUUCUACCUUCACCUCUUUGCUUCUGGUGCUUUUUAAAAUAAAUUUUAAAAAAAUGCUGAAGACCUCACUCCAUCCUUGCCAUCAAGCAAUUUUUUAUGAUGUCUGUGACUGUGGUACCUUGAAACCUGCCACGAAAGACAACCCAUUGCCAGAAGCCAAAUGACUCAAGGUGCUAUUUUCCUUCCUGCAGGCCUGGUGGUCCGUGAGGAAAAGCGUGGUUCCACCCAGCAAAGGAAUUAAAAGUAUAUUGUACAAUAAACCCCCAUAAAGCAAAUAACCUGAAAGGAUUUAAGCCACUUGGUGCCAGGAUUUCCUGGAGCAUGGUGGGAGCCUGGAUCCUGGCACCUGCAGGAGCUGGGCUCUCUCUCCCUUCCCUCCUUCCAGUUGCAUUCUGAUUUUAUGGCAUUCACUCCCUUUCUGCUCCUCAGUUCCUUGCAGACAUUCACCACCUUUUCUCUGCAUCCAUCACCCCAGUUCACCAUUGCUUCCCUUGGGAGCCUCCAGGCUCCUGCCCUGUGCAGCUGGGGGUGUUCAGUGCUGUGGGAACCCGGGUCAUUCCUAAAAUCCUCGGUGUGGCUCAGUGGGGCUCAGCACUGCUGCUGCUGCCCCUUGGACUGAGGAGUUAGUGGCAUUGUUGCUUUAGGCAGUGAACAUGGAUAAACCUCUUUUUUAAAUAAGGAAGAGCAGAGCAGGCCAUGUAAGAACAUUUUUCUUAACUUGUAAAAAUCUCAUUUCGCAUUUUAGCUUUUCCUUCUCCUCCCCUAUUUAAAAGGUGUAAAAACACACCCAGUAUGUCACAAUUGGACCUUUAUAUACCCUUCUCCAAUGGUUUUGGGGGGUGAAAGAGUAAGGAGGCUGUUCCCUUGUCCUGAUUUUGGCCCCCCCAGGGUGUGGGCUAUUUAUUGUCAUUUACCCUGUAAAUACAGAGGGGUUAGGGGGUGCCUGAAGUCCUGAAUGUGCAGCCUCACCUGUUGCAUGUAGACAAAUACAUACAGUACUUAAAGAUUUAUCUUUAGCUUUGCUUUUUAUAUGUAAAAAUCUAUUUUAAAGAGAAUUUUAAAGCCCAAACAGUUCAAACCCCUGGGUUUGUGUCACAUUCCCUUGGCCCAUCCCCUCUAAUGCUGGUGUGUGCAUCCACCUGAGGAGGAGCAGGUGUGGGCCAAGCCCUCCUCUUCCUCCCUGCCCUUGGGUGACUCAGUUUUAUUAUCAGAAUUAUGGAGUGCUGAGCUUUGUUCACAAUCCCCUUGGAAAUAUUUUAUUCUUUUCUUUCCUUGUUUUUAUUAAAGGUGGGCAGAGAGCCAGGUAGCGCUCAGGAGUGUUUCCAAAUUGUGUCACUUUGAGGCUCUUUGAACUGAGGAUGCAAAAAAUAAAGCAAAAAAAAAAGGGAGGGAAAAAUGGAAAAUCCACAUAAAAACUAACUUUGCCCAUAUCAUAACCUUGCACGUGCUUCUGUCCCACUAACACACACCAUGUACCAAAUAAAACCCUCCUAACACCUGAUGUCUACUGAAGUGCUUUGUUCUGGUGGAGGUGUGCAGAGUUGGAAACACAGGGAUUCAUCUUUAACCUUCCAUGCUCCGACUUGGGUUUGAAAAACAGGAAUUUGGGCGUGUUUUUUAUGCUGAAACUUUAUAAACUUCAUCAGUCACUGCAGGUGGUCGCAUCCCUCCAGCUUCUCUCCGGGGUCUCUCGGAUAUACUGCCUAUGCAAACUUCUGCUCUUGGAGAUUUAAACAAAACCCCACUAAUUCUGCCUGUUCUGCAUCUCGUCUUUGUAUUCCCUUCAGGGCUUUGUAUACUUCACUGAGGUUCCCUUUUUUUAAUUUUUUCUAAAUAUAUAUAUAUGUGUGUGUAUAUAUAUACAGACUUAGUUCCACAACAAUAACUCCCUUAGAGGUAAAACAUGGAUAUACUCCUUCUUGAGAACUUGCAGUUCAUUUUUUAAAGCAUUUGUACAUGUAAAUGUUCCUCCUUGAAUUCCUUGAUUACCCUCAUUUUUUAUUUUAAAUCUUGAGUGCCAGGAGUAGAGAAAAUGGGGCAGAGGGCAUGGUCCUGUCUGAGCCCUCUGGAAAACAUCCCAGGGAUCCAUGGACUUGGAGAACAUCUUAAAGGAUGGAGACAAACAAGGUCCUUGUGUUGAUUUCGGAUUUCCAGAAAUAUUCUUGAAAUCAUGAAUUCCCCAGUGUUGUGGUUUUUAAGGUCACCCCAAAGCCUCACAGCUGCAGAGCAGCUUUUUGGGGGGAGCAGAGGGGGACUUCUAAUGAAGGUUUGCAAAGUGAUUGUCUUUUUUUUUUUUUUAUCAAAAAUCAGUUUUUUGGACAACAAAAUGAGUAAUUUUUGUCCGGAAGGAAACCCACUCCAGCAUUACUUCCCCUUUUGUUUCCUCUCCCCACUCCUGCCUUUACACAAUCCAUUUCCCCCAAGCAAAGCUGUGGCUUUGGGGUGGGUGGCUGUGUUUUGGGGCUGUCCCUGAGCACCUCCCCUCAAAGCUCCCCCUUUUGCACAUCACCCUUGAGGAAAGAAACUCCAUGAAAACAAUGCAAAAACUGGAAUUUUUUGCAAUAUUCUGAAAGAUAAUCUAAUUUUCGCUCAUUCUGUGACACGUGUGACUCCUACAAAAGCCAUAAUUAAUGGUUCCUUUGAUUUUGUAGAUCCCGAGUCGUGUUUUGAAUUUCAACCUUUUUUUUUUAGUCCCCCUAGUCAGAGUGCUGUGUGUAUGCUUUCAUAUAUAUUUAUUUUUCAACGUGCUUUAAACCUGUCUACAAAAAUAAAGCUGAACAAACACAAAAAGGAUGGUGUUUGAAGAUUGUUGAUUUUUUUUUUUGCUGGGAAUAUUCUAUAUUAUACUGACUUUAUAUUAAUUAUUAUAAACCUGUGUUUGUAUUGAAGAUGUGUUUAAUAUUUUGGGGAGGUUGAGGAGAUUUCAUAACCAGAAGUCAGUGGGAGAACAUGCUGUGUUGUACUGAUUUUCUGUCAAUGUAGUUCAGGUAAAUCUGAUUUUAUUUUCUAGUUGCUGCCCAGUUCCUCACCUGCCGGGGGCUGCCCCUCGGAUAGAACCUUUGUGAUGGGAUUUAGCUUAGACAUACCUGCAAGAAUCAAUCAGUUCAAUAAAUUGGGAAAUUGCUGCUACAA